AUGAUCAAGCCUGAUCUUGGUAACAUCUCAGAACUAUCGCAACAAAUAUACAACUACAGAGUAUGUAGAGCAAGAAGAGUUAUCGAGAACUCGUUUGGAAUUAUGGCUACAAGGUUCAGAACAUAUAGACGUCCCAUAAUUGCCAAUGUAGAAACUGUGAAAAAUGUUGUUAAGGCUACAUUGGCCUUGCAUAAUUUCUUACUAAUUACUCAACGCAAAGAGGAAGCAUACAGUUACUGUUCCCAGCACUUUGUCGACCAAAAUGGCACAAGAGGAAGGGUCAUACCCGGACAGCGGAGACAGGAGAUAGGAGCAACAGAUGGCUUGUCUAGACUUGAUAGAAAUGCAAGAGGUUCAAACAACUCUUCAAAGUCUGCACAGCAAGAGCGGGAUGAUUAUAAAGAAUACUUUAAUUCUCCUACAGGUGCUGUGACCUGGCAAAUUGAUGCAGUUACAGCAACAACAGAUCCCUUUGAUGCAAGAAAAAUUGUUUGA